CGCGAGACAAAAGUCGUAGUGCAAAGCGUCAGCGUUCAGUGAGCUGGUUCCGUGUGUGACCUUGAUCCCCUCGCGAGUUCUGUGACAGCCUCGUUCGACACAAGAAGCCGAACUCGUCAGUACUGAUCGAAUCAUCGUUGCAGCAGACACUUACCGCAGCGGUUUUUCCACACCAACGCGACAAAACGAAAAUGAAAAUCUUCGCUGGAGCUCUACUUAUCGCGGCGUGUUUCGUCGCGUAUACGCACAGCUUCCCCGGUGCACGUGAUACGGAUACGAGCGAAAGAAAGAAUGUGGACUCCGUUCUUGUUUUGCCAGCCGACACAAGAGAUCAGAUGUUGUCAGCAACUUUCGAUUUCCCUGAUGUGAGCUUCGAGGACAGUCUUGAAGAUUCGGCCUGGAAUUGGAACAGGUGGUUCAGAUCGAACUUGUUUGACGGAUUGUACUCGAAUUUGCAAGCUCAAAUGAAGAGGUUGAGAGAUCAGAUGGCUGGAAUUUUGUCACAUAUUCCCGAGCAAGGUGUCGUGAAUUGGAGCAAGAUUCCUGAAGGAGCGAACACCACCUCCACCACCAAGGUCAUCAAUGGACACGUGUUGACCAUCAAUGAAACGACCUAUACCGAUGGUAACGAUGAAUAUAGCACGUUGAUCCGCGUCCGUGUGAUAGACGUGAGACCUCAGAACGACACUCUUCUGUUGACCGAAAGCGAGGCAGAUCCCGAAGUGACCACUCUGCCUACAACGGUUACCAGCAAAGAAGACCGCACUACACCUUCACGAAGCGUGGAAACCGUCGAAGAAUUCGAUAACGAAAUACCGAAGAACCAAGUGGACACUCUAACUGCUUAAGCAGUCGAAAAACUUUGAAACAUAGCGUCAGGCUUAUUGAAUCCGGAAGAUCGUUUCUAUCGUUCGUAAAUUUCUCUGAAAAUUUAACAAUUGGCACUUCUGUUUACAUUAUAUCGAAUAUCUUAUGUACAAUAUCUUCAUUAAAGUAUUUGAGAUUAUUGUGUACAGUAUUGUGUUUAAAACACAAUGUCAAAACAUUUAUAAGCAAUUUAUAAUCUAAAGUUUAUAAAACUAUUUACAGUCCUAAUCUUUGUGAAACAAAUAUUAUGUUUUUCUAAAAUUAAAUCAAUAAAUUGUAUAACGAGAAUAACACGUGAUCUCGUAUUUUUAUAAAUUAUUUCGAUUGUAUUUUUAUAUACUUACUUAUAUAUGUUCGUUGUACACUUAAUCGGAUGAUAUUUAAAUAAAUGCAUAGCAGAAGAACGUAAGAUAUCCGUCCGUGGCGCUCUUUUGGAUUCAAUUCGACGACGUGUAUGAAAAAACUGUAAACCAUCGCGAGGCAAUAAAGUCGAUUAUUGUAGAUUUAUAUAGAUGAUAUACAUAUAAUGUUGUAUGUUCUCCUAUAGUUAUAUAUACGUUGUGUAUUUAAGAAUUGCCUGUAACGAAGCCGAUUGUUGUAACAUUCAAAAAUAUGCCUCCUUAAAGAUAAAACGUAUGAACUAAAUUAUACGUAGCUGCGUAUGACAAUCCUAUGAAUUAUCAGCAAUAGUAAAAUCACAGUAUGCGUUUGUACACCAUUUAUAAUAUUCGCUAAUAGGGAAUUUUGAACGGGAACUUUCGAAGUUUUGAUUAAAUGAGAAAGUUGCAUGAUCAACAAUGUCGUCCUUCCUUCUUCCAGAUACAUAAAUUUUCCUCUCCAUAGUGAAGUAUUAAGAAAUACCAUGUAACAGAAAUUUGAUACUUGCAUUCGUUUGUAAUGUGCGAUCGAAUUUUAAUUAUACUAAUAUAUCUUUGAAAGAACACUCAAAAAUUCUCACGCAUAAGUGAAUACCGAACUAUCUGAAACUAUAGAAUGGUUGAUUGUGAUUCAAUCUUCGACUGAAGGGGGCUUGUAAAAUAAACUGAAAUCUAUUUUUUUAUGAAAUCAGAAACAGUACAAUUUAAAGCGUAGCGAAUUAUUUCAUGUGAAGACAGUUUUUUUAAUGGAACUUAAUGUUUGCAUAAAAAAUAAACAUUGUUGGCAUAAAA